AUUGAGUGGCCUGCGCAGUCGCUGCGCAGAACUGACGCGCUCGAGGCCCCCGCGGGAGCGCGCGCGCCGACAGCUGAUGAUGCGCGCGAAUGAGCCGCGGGUGCGCGCACUGACAGCCGAAGGUUCUCCGCGAUGACGGACACUCCGAUGGCCCAUCAUCAUCAUCUCCAGCAGCAGCAUCAGCAUCCGCAUCCCUGAGCUCCGGACAGCAUCAGCAUCAUCCUCAUCCUCACCGGUCCUCCAUGCAGCAGAGCCGCCACGCAGCGCCUGUCGCGUUUCUCGCCGUCUGUCCUCGCUCCUCCUCCGCCAUCCUCUGCGUCUGAAGCCGCUCCGCGUCCAUCACCUGCUCGCCGUGUCCCGUCUCCAUCCUCCCGCAGGAUGCUGUCCUACACCGGGAUGCUCGCGCUGCUCCUCGCGAUGCUCCCAUAUGUAUCAUCUCAGAACGCUGGGUUUGUGAAGUCGCCAAUGUCAGAGAUAAAGCUCACAGGAGACGCCUUUGAGCUGUACUGCGACGUGGUGGGUAACCCCGUGCCGGAGAUCCAGUGGUGGUAUGCCGAUAUUAACAGGGCGGACUCCUUCAAGCAGCUGUGGGACGGUGCCCGCAAGCGACGGGUGUCCAUCAACACGGCGUACGGUGCCAACGGUGUGAGCGUGCUGGCCAUCUCCCGCCUCACGCUGGAGGACGCCGGGAUCUACGAGUGCCGGGCCAGCAACGACCCACGCCGCAACGACCUUCGCCAAAACCCGGCCAUCACCUGGAUCCGAACGCAAGCCACCAUAUCCGUGCUGCAGAAGCCACGAAUCAAUGCUUCUGAUCAGGAGAUUUUGCAGCCUAAAAGCGUGCAGGAGUUGCCCAUCACCCUUCAGUGUAACCUCACUAACUCACACAGCACCCACCGGGAGACCUUCUGGAUGAAGAACGGAAAGGAGAUUUCCAAAACAAGGACAGAGCACAAACACACCGAGUUCAAGUUAAGUAAACCGAGGACAGACGAUUCGGGUGAAUACAUGUGCGUCUACACCUUUAAGUCUGCUCCCAAUGCCAACGCUUCCAUUGAGGUCAAAGCUGCUCCUGAAAUCUUCGGCCACAAACGAAGCGAGAACAAAAAAGAAGGUGAAAAUGCGACGCUGUACUGCAAAUCAGUGGGAUACCCGCAUCCUAUGUGGUUGUGGCGCAAGAAAGUUGGUCGGGGAUCUUACAUUGACAUUGACAACAGCACCGGCCGCUUCUUCAUCAUCAACAAAGGCAACUUCACAGAACUGAGUAUCAUCAGUCUGGACAUCAGCACAGACCCGGGCGAGUACGUCUGCAAUGCCUCCAACAUCAUCGGCUCCAAAGAGUCCAUGACUAUCCUGCGGGUGCGGAGUCACCUCGCCCCGCUGUGGCCUUUCCUGGGCGUCCUGGCCGAGAUCAUCAUCCUCGUGGUCAUCAUUGUGGUUUACGAGAAGCGCAAGAGGCCGGACGAGGUUCCAGAUGGUGCACCAAUAAAAACUAACUCCACGAACAACCACAAAGACAAAAACGUGCGACAGCGGAACGCCAACUGAGCCCACAGACCAACAUAGAAGAAAGCUGAAGAUGACCAACUGCAUAUCCUGACCAUACAUAUCCGAGGAGAGGAGACGGUCCUGGCGAUUUUCAGCGACGCAUAUCCUGCCUCACGUGGAGAAGAAAACAACAAUAAUGACAGCAUUACACUGGCAGAAACGAACAAUAAAGACUGUCUUAAGUUUGCCUUAUUCAGGCUCAUGAUCUGUGUGAAUGUGGAUGCUGACUGAACCCAUUCUGAAGGUGAUGAUGAAGAUGAUUUUACUACAUGUGCUGUUAACGUUGCAUUUGGUUCGUUUAUCAUGCCCUCCUGCUGCACUAAUUCUUUUUCAUAUCUACAUGUUGUCUCGAAUGCAUGCAAUAACAUAAUCGAAUAAGAUUCAGAUAUAGUUUUUCUAUUGUUACUUUAAGUGGCGUUGCAUCCAAAUGAAUAGCCAGUGUGUGUGAGAGUGUGUGUGUGUGUGUUUUUAAAGAAAUUUAAAUGGAUAAAAAAGUAAGGAAUCAUUGAGAUCUUUGUACAGUUUAUCAUCUAAUAAAACAAUACUAAAAGGAGGUGUUUUGUCUUAAACUAGAAUGCAAGAACCUUUGUGAGUGACAGAACAGUAUUUAAUCUUAAAGCUGAUAUUGUAUUAAAUGAAAUGGAUACAUGUAACAUUUAUUUUCUAGCGUUAUUUAGACGUCUCGUACACGUGGUGCUGUAAGUGUUCAAAUAUUACAAUAGCAUCUGUAAAAAGGAAAAGAAUAUAUCUUUUUUUGUAAAUGUCCUGUUUCUUUUUAGAGAAAAGAUGAUUCUUGUACAGCAUGGCUAUAAUCCUAUGCAAUAUGUAUUCAUAUAGACCUACUGACAAUUGUAAGGUGGGGCGGGUUUGUUUCAUUUCAGAGAAUAAAAAAGCUUUAACGGGACAGUUCAGAGAUAAGGGUGCUUCGCAUUUGAAAUGCACUGCUGUAGUUGCAUGACAACUCCUGAUCAAUACAGUGUGUGUCAUCAUGACAACGGACCAACAUUAAAGGGAGGAAGUGGGUGGAGCUAAAGCCAUUACAAACUAUGUGAAACCAAUUGUUUCCUUUUUCAGAAUAAAGCU